CAUAAAAAAAAGUAGUGCGCAGUGUUUGCAGAAGUAAACAUGGAUGCAAAUGGUGGAGCAUAUCUUACGAUUUUGAAGUUGUUGUCCGACCGGAGCAGCAUAUUAACACCUUAAUCCUCGUUAUCGUCCGCCAUGGUUGUUGCUUUUCUCCCCGCUUGCGCAUAUUAGGGCGCAGAAUAGUGACGUUUGUCGCGUAUCAAUGACGUUCAGUUCGGAUGAACGCGACCAGGCCAUACAGACCCGAGUGCCGUUUGAAAAGAUCAGAUUCGUAUCGGAUUUAGGACCAUAUAUCCAAGUAGCCUGGGUCGCAUUAAAACAUUUGUGUUGUUCAGACUGUCAUAAAAAGAUCAGAUAAAGGUCGUAUUAAGGCAAAUAUAUAUAUAUAUUUGGGCCAUUUCUGGAUGCAGUGUGAACAUAGCCAAAGUAUCAUUUGCUUCUUCACAUCAGGGGUGAAGAACACGAGAGGAAACGGAACUGUUGCGUAGACAUUCUUAAUCUACUUCAAAAUAAGAGCAUGAAUAUAAGCGUCUAACUUCUUAAGAGCCGAUAACCAAAACUUCAAUACAAAUGUUGAUAUUUCCUCAACUGAAAGUUUAAGAAACAGCCAGGGUGUGGAGGUCCGCAGGAGAUGACUGGUGAGUCGGGCACCUUCACCAGCUGGAACUACCCCAGCAGCUACGACAACGGCGUAAGCUGCACAUGGAGCAUCACUGUGGACCCUGAUAAGGUGAUUCAUCUGUGGUUUGAGGAGUUUGCUUUGGAGGAGACUCAGCUCUGCACAGGAGAUUUGGUCACACUGCAAGACACACUGGGAAGCAUCGGUAAAUACUGUGGCUACACCAAACCCAAGCCUUUGGUGACUCUUUCAAACCACCUGACUGUCUUCUUUGACACUAAUGAUAGGAAAACAGACCAAGGAUUUAAAGCUCACUACAAAGCUGUGACUCCAGAGUUUGCGUCGGAAAUAGCCGGAGCCGGCGGUUUCCUCCAAGGUGAUCAGGGGAAUCUGAUGACUCCGGGCUUCCCGGGACAAAACUAUCCAAACGGAGCGCUGUACCAGUGGAGAAUUACAGUGCCUGAGGGCGAGAGGGUCCUACUGACGUUUACCACCUUUGACCUCGUCCCAGAUGUCUGUGGAGACUUUGUUCAGAUUUAUGAUGGCCACAAGGCCGGAUCUGCUUUGGUUGGUAAAUUUUGUGGUGGGACUGUGCCGAAGCUAGUGGAGUCCAGUCACAACACAAUGGUUGUCCGCUUUAAAUCUGACAACAGCUUGACUUCUAAGGGAUUCCAGGCAACGUACACAAAGUCCAGUCGUCCGCCAGUUAUCACUCCCACCACAACCAAGGCUCCGUCCACCACAAAAACUGCUCCACCUCCCACAACGUCCGGCAGUGGAGGGCCAGUAAUCAUUGAAGGACGGAAAGGAGUUAUCCAGUCUGCAGGUUUCCCAAAUUCAUACCCGGCUCAUUCCAAUAACUCCUGGAAGAUAUCAGUGUCCAAAGGGUUCCUGGUUAAACUGCAGAUCACCGACUUCGCGAUCACUGGGGAGACCGGACAGUGCAAAGACGACAAGCUGAUCAUCUCAGACAACUACAGCAUCCUGGGUACACACUGCGGCUACAUCCUGCCCCCACUGGUGGUCAGCGCCAGUAACUCGAUCUCUGUCAACUUCCAGUCGGACAGUCGCCUCACGGAUCGAGGAUUCUCUGCAGAGUUUGAGGCGGUGUAUCCUGAAGAUAUCGCAGACAUCCAAGGAUGUGGCUUUUCCUCUGAAGAGGAAACUGGUGUUAUCAAGUCCCAGAACUGGCCGAUGAACUACAAUGCCAACAUGGAGUGCAUGUGGAACAUUGCUGUGCCUUUAGGGAAGAAAAUCACUUUGACAUUCACUCAUUUUGACCUGGAAGCCAAAGACUUUAUCACAUCUAAGUGCUACGACAAUGUGAUGCUGUUUGACAUCAAUGGCUUGACUAGCGCACUAAAUCAAAAACAUGGACCUUUAUGUGGAACAAACCUGCCCAACAGCAUCCAAAGCAAAGGCAACAGGCUGCUGAUCCGUUUUCACGCAGACAUGUUUACUGAGGCUAAAGGUUUCAGAGCCUACUGGACUACAGAUCCCAGUGUCCCUGCUCCCACUGAGCCACCUGCUGAACAAAACCCCUGGGACGGCAUCCCCAUAGAUUGGCCCGAAACGUGCGGGAAACCGGCCGUUCCUCCUUCUGUCGUGUCACGCAUAGUGAAUGGAGAGGAAGCUGUAGCGCACUCCUGGCCCUGGCAGGUGUCCAUGCAGGUCUGGCCUUCCAGUCAGCCUGAGCCCAAGUUUUUUCACACCUGUGGUGGGACUUUGAUUCAUAAAAACUGGGUGCUAACAGCAGCCCACUGCUUCAUAAGAUAUGCAGAUGAGCUACAGCGCUGGCGUAUGUGCCUCGGCAAACACAACCUGACCACCGCAGAGCCAAGUGAACGCUGCAUCAGCAUCUCUGGCAUCUAUCGCCACGAGGGCUUCCAGUAUCCCACAGUUCCCACUGUGGAGUUUGACAUUGCGCUGGUGAGGCUGGUUGAGGACGCCGCUCCCACAGAUCAGAUUUCCUUCGCUUGCCUUCCCUCUGAGGAGGAAAUCCUUCCUGAAGGAAAGAAGUGCUACGCCACAGGCUGGGGGGACGAGACAGGUGAUUCGAUGAAUCCUAAAGCUUCAGAGACGCUCAACCAGGUGGCCCUUCCUGUUGUCCCGUAUGACACCUGUAAACGAAUGGAUUACUGGUGGUUCCAGUUGAAGACCUCCAUGAUCUGCUGCGGAUACACACUGCCUGACGAGCUAAAGUCUGUCUGUCAGGGAGACUCUGGGGGUCCACUGGUUUGCCAGGACACACCUGGCGGUCCCUGGGAGGUUCAUGGUAUCACCAGCUUUGGUCCUAUUGGAUGCAUAAUGAACAAAAAGCCCUCCGUGUUCACCCGCUCCUCAGCCUACCUUCCUUGGAUCUCAAAUGUCAUCCGCAGGGAGCUCUACAAUGAGCACACAUCGGGUUGUGGAGGGCCGAAGGAGUUGUCCGGCGAAGGCGGCACAGUGUCGUCGAUGAGUUACCCCGCCGCCUACAGCAACAACGCCCGCUGCCAGUGGAACAUCGAGGUGCCUGCAGGGAAACUGGUGCACCUCCACUUCGCCGGUUUCUCCCUGGAGGAGAGUCAGCUGUGCAUGAACGACAAAGUCAGCCUCACAGACAAUGUGGGAAGUUUGGGGACCUACUGCAGUCAUGUUCCCCCUGCAGAUUUGGUGAGUGAUGGAACUAAACUUCAAAUCAGCUUCUCCACUAACGACAAGGUGGUGGACUCUGGCUUCACUGUGACCUGGAAGGCGGUGGACCCUACAGAGGCUCCAUGCGGAGGACGUUUCAGCAGCAACCAGGGGGAAAUCACCUCUCCAAACUGGCCCAGUGACUACAACGCGCAGAGCGUCUGCACAUGGCUCAUCAAUGUUCCCUCGGCAGAAAGCAUUCACGUGGCGUUCACUGACUUCGAGCUGCAAGCCGUUAACCUGUUUGGAAACUGUGUUGACUACGUGGAGAUCUUUAAUGGAGAAACCAUGGCAUCACUUGGUCGGUUCUGCGGCUUCGCCCCACCUCCCACCUUCACCAUCCCCAGCAACACGGCUGUCAUCCGCUUUUUGAGUAAUGGCGCAGAUCAGCAGAAAGGUUUUCGAGGUUACUGGACCACUGAUGCUAGUGUUGUUCCGACUUUACCUCCUCCUCCUCCAAACCCCUGGGACAACGUCAUUAUCAAUUGGCCAGAAGAUUGUGGAAAUCCAGCAGUGAAACCUAAAACGACGACUCAGCACGUCGUCAACGGGGAGGAGGCCAGGCCGCACUCCUGGCCUUGGCAGGUCUCAAUGCAGGCGACACUCUUGCCUCCCAUACCUUACCUGCACAACUGCGGAGGCUCUUUGAUUCAUGAGGAAUGGGUCCUUACUGCUGCUCACUGUUUUAUGUUCCCUCUGAACAAACCCUCCUUGCACCGCAUGUGUUUGGGAAAACACCACAUGAACUCCUCCAUGGACGUUCCCUCGGCGGAGAAGUGCUUCCAGGUGGACGAGAUAAUCCGACACGAGGGCUUCGUGUAUGAGCAGGAUCCCUCUGACAUCACGGACGACAUCGCCCUGGUGCACCUGAGCGAGCCCGUCAACAUGACGAGGGAAAUCAGCCCCGUUUGUCUGCCGAAGCCCGGAGCCGUGAUGCCGGCGGGGACGCCGUGCUUCGUCACAGGAUGGGGAGACGAGAAAGGUAAUUUGUUCCCUGUUGUGGCUAAGUCGUUGAACCAAGCAGCUCUUCCAGUUGUUGACUUCCAGACCUGCAGCAAACCUUCGUACUGGUGGGACACGGUUCGGCCCUCCAUGAUCUGCGCCGGCUACGAAUCCCCCGACGAGCUGAAAUCUGCCUGCCAGGGCGACUCGGGCGGUCCGUUUGCCUGCUCCACCGCUGGGACCUGGGAGGUGCACGGUGUGGUCAGCUUCGGACCGCAGGGCUGCAUCAAAGACAAGAAACCAUCGGUGUUCACCCGAGUGUCGGCCUUCAGCCACUGGAUCGAGAACAGCAUCCGGAAGUUCAUUUAUGAAAAUAACAAAACGAUAUGAGAUCUGCACAGAUCAGGAUGAAAUGCUUUCAGAGUUCAGAGUUGUGUUUUAUUGUCUUAACUACAUAAAAGUGAGAAUAGAGAGUAUUUAAUCAUGUAAGUAUCACAUUUAUGUUCAAAGAAAAUUUCAUAUAUUUGCAAA